AUGAACCAGCCACAGCAGUACAUGGACGUGAGCCAGUCGCAUCAGCCGCCUGCUGGUCCAGCUCCCAGCAUCGGACAGUACUCUGGAUAUGGGCAGCCGCAAGCCUUACAACCUGCGUCGCACGGCUACGCGCCUCAGACAUAUGGUUACUCCUACUCAAACACGAUGGCGCCCAUGACUGCUGGUCACCCGGUCACAUCGUCAAUGGGUGGGCAGAUGGUCCAACAGCCCUUGCCGCUCCCGAACAUGGCUACCAAUGGCCCGCCAGGUCCUGGUGCACCCCAGCAAAACUUUGAGCGGUCAUAUGACACGACUGGGCAAGUUGCGCCACCGGGCAUGAAGCCGCGAGUGACAGCUACGCUGUGGGAAGAUGAGGGCAGCCUAUGCUUCCAGGUCGAAGCAAACGGCGUAUGCGUGGCAAGACGCGAAGACAAUCACAUGAUCAAUGGCACGAAGCUUUUGAACGUCGCUGGAAUGACGCGGGGACGUCGCGACGGCAUCUUGAAGAGCGAGAAGACACGCCACGUGGUCAAGAUUGGACCCAUGCAUCUCAAAGGUGUCUGGAUUCCUUUUGAUCGCGCGCUGGAUUUCGCCAACAAGGAGAAGAUCACCGAGAGUUUGUACCCAUUAUUUGUUCAUAACAUUGGAGCUCUGCUCUACCAUCCUACCAACCAAGCUCGCCAGAGCAUUGGUAAUGCGGCAAUGGCUGCGAGACGCGAUCAGCCUGACUACAUGAGGACACCUCAGGGCACGCAGCCGCCGGCACUCACACACCACCAUUCCAUGAGCAAUCCCAUUGGUGCGAGCAUUCCGCAGCCGCCGCACUCGAUUGCACCACACCCAGCUUCCGGUAGGCCUGGCCUUGAUAGGGCUCACACCUUCCCUACCCCACCGGCUAGUGCAUCAAGUCUGACCAUGGGUAUGGGAAAUACAGGCAGCUCAUACGAAUACGGCGGUGGACAAGCGGGCGGGGUCAAUCCAGGUCAGCCUCUUCCUCUUGAUACUGGCAUGUCUGCGCGAACUGUACCAACGUCUCCAGCUUCAUCCCCACCCGGCACUCAGGGCAUGCAAUAUCCAACCAGCCAAGCCUACGACAACGGCCGACAGAUGUACUCAGCAGCCCCCGGCUACGCCCAGUAUCCUUCGCAGCAGCAACCCAUGAGCCGCUACCCUGGCGUGCAGACAAGUCCCGGUGGCGUCAAGCACGAGAUGGGUCCGCCAGCCCGUGGCGGCUCCGAGAAUGAGCAAGUGGACCACAAGACUCACGACGGCUAUGCUGCCCAGCCAAAUGGCGAGGUUGAGCAUGAGGGUGAUUAUACUCAUACUAGUGCGUCAGACGGCGCAAGGCGGUAUUCGUACAAUUACAAGCCUAACCACGCGCCAGGACCGAUUCACUCUGAUCCUUCGCACAUGUCGCCAGAGAUGACACAUUCGCCACACCAGAACGGCUCUGGACGAGCGACUCCUCGUACGACUGGCACGUAUCAAGGCUAUAGCACGCCUCAACGAGCUUCGCAGCUGCCAUCGAGCAAUCUGUACAACGUCAUGAGCAACGAUACUCGUGCUGGUGCGCCUAAUGGUGGCGAACAAUACCCGGCUCAGCCUGCCUACCAAGCACAACAGUACCCGUCAAUGAACGGCGGUGCCCAGUCCAACAAGCGCAUGCGGGAGGAUGACGACGACUCCUACAACACCCCUAUGAGCGCUGGCGGCGAUCCAGGGCUCAAGCGCCAACGCACCGACCCUGCAAUGGGCAGACCCAUGAGCCAGCCCCAAUCAGUAAAGACUGGCCCACUGCGACGAUAG